AGCACGCGGAAACCGGGAAAGUCUUCAGGGCGAGCUCAUUGGUGAUUGAGAGGAGGGGAUGAAGAGUUCAUCGGUGAGAGCGGUGGUAUGCCCGGACGUCUGCAUUUCAAACCGGUCCGAAUGACCGGAUCGGUUGCAAGAGGAGAUAGUCUGGGAAUGAAGGUUGGGUCCUCUUCAUCCCAUAUCUGUCGUCGAACCCAUCAUCGUAUGUCAACCGGCCCUGCUGCAGUCCAACCCAAAUUGUAAUCUGUGGCGACAUUCCCUCGUUCAGUCAGAACGUUUUCCUUUUCUAGGUAGGGCGACCGUCGACAGCUACAACAGUCCUCCACCAUACGGAACUAGUGCGAACUCGAUCCAGCCAGCUGCGCAUGAUUCAACGGGGACGAGCAGCCGAAUACAUAAGCGGGCUUUGGUUGCCUUGGAAGUUCAAUGCUACAAAUCCGGAAUCUAUAGAAGCACAGUUUCUCUCCCACCUUCAUCUCUUUCUCCUUCUCUCUCCCACCAUCAACACUCUCCCUCAACUUCCAUCUCAUCCUCCAUCAAAAUCCGCCCACGCCUACGUCAAAAUGGUGUAUACCCGUAACGACACCGCCGCAACCAUGGCCGCCGACUCCGUCCCCGAGUCCUUCGAGCGCACUCGCAACACCAAGCUCGCUGGCAAUCCCACCGAGAACAAGAUCAAUGGCAAGAAGAGGGAUAAGUCAGAAACGCCCGUGUCCGUGGCCGAGAGAGCUGACAAGCGCCGAGCGGCCGCCCUCGAGAUCAUCGCUGCCGAGACCCUGGAUGAGACGGCGCAGCUCCUGCGUGACAUCCCAUUCGAGGACUACCUCGAGGUGAUAGGAUACCUGCGCGAGUACAUCGUGCAGCACAUGCCCGCGGCCGAGCCCACCGACAAGCCCGCCGACAAGCCCGCCGACAAGCCCGCCGACAAGCCCGCCGACAAGCCCGCCGACAAGCCCGCCGACAAGAUCCCCGCCCAUGCCCUCAAGAUCAUCAAUGCAACGAGCGUCGCCGAGAAGAAGCGGCUCGUCAAAGAGCUCAACCAUGAGGAUUACGUCGCGGUUGUGGCAUACGUGCACGAGCGUGAGGUGAGGGUGAAGAAGGCCAAGGCCAAGGUCGGACGCAAAGAGAGAAUGAAGCAGUGGAGUGAGGGAUACUUGGCUGCCCAGAAGCAGAAACCAUACCCCCACCCCAGGGAGUGGUAGGCGGUGGUGGAUUUACAGUGAUCUGCUUUUUUUCUUCUUCUUUGCCUCUGAUGAGAUGGUGAGCUUGUGUAUAUAGCUUCAUCUCGCGGUAGUGUGUACCGGGCAGAUCUUGCGUGUGCUAAAAG